AACCGUCAAAAGAAAGUUGUCGGGAAGGAUUGAUCAAUCUAUAAUUUGCAUUUUGUUAUCACAAGUACAUAAUAUUUCCCGCAGAUAUCCUUUUAAUCACUUAGAAGAGUCUUCCUCAAUGCAACAGUUUUUCGUAGUUCAUAUACUUGUGGUGGAAAAAAGAUUCUCAACAUCGGAUUUGGCAAUCCGUUUACUUUAGAGGCAGGUGUACUCAUAUAGUAAGUAGUAAAGUCCAGAUCAAACGCGGUGCAUUUGAAUUGGCUGCAAUCACGCAAUCUUAUAUAUAGAUAGCUGUUCUUACUGCAUGCUUCCCAUAGAUAUUUUAUGUACACUAGAUAGUGCAUCUAAUUAUUCUGCAAUUCAAAAAUUGAAACCGUGAUUGCAGACUCAUGCAGGAUAUUCCCAUGGCCAUGAAAUGAGAAGAUUCGUAUGUUUUCUAUUUCUUAAACAGGGAACUUAAACAUUAAGUUAAACCUAUCCCAAAUACAUUUUUAAACUAUUCAAAUGAUGAAAGUUAUUGUUGUUAUUUAAGCGUUUAUUAGCGAGUGGGAACCAUAGAUAUAGGAGAUCUAGAUUGCUAACGCAUACCUAGCGCAGGCGGGGCCUACAUGAUAAAUCCAAGAUGGCGGUACAAGAGGGCAAAAAGACUAUAGAUUCUAUUACGAAAAUGAAGAUUUUUGCAUUUUUUGCCGUCGCAUUGUUUUGAAACUUAUUCAGUCAAAUUUUAUGGUAAAGAGAAACUUACCGCGAAGAUUUUGAGCAUAUUUAUGAUUGAAUUGGAUGAAAACUCGCAAAAUUAUCCAGCGAUAAAAGUUCGUGUAUAGUACUGAUAUAGUACUAUAUAUGUAACUCUAACUAUUUGCAUAGAAAGCAAAUUAUAACAGACCAUAGAUGAUAGACCCUUAUCCAGUGCUCUCAUCAGUUUACUUCUCUAACAAGCAAGGAGGGGGGGAGGUACAUAACAGUUCAUUUUUCAUAAUUAUGAGGACAGAGCAGAUGAUGAUGAAAGAUGCAAGUAUAAAACACCAUUCACAAGGCUAGAUGUUAACAUAGCACAGUAUUUCUGGCAAUAAAACGCUCCAACUGACCAUUUCACACGAACUUUUAUCGCUGGAUAAUUUUGCGAGUUUUCAUCCAAUUCAAUCAUAUAUAUGCUCAAAAUCUUCGCGGUACGUUUCUCUUUACCAUAAAAUUUGAUCGAACAAGUUUCAAAACAAUGCGACGGAAAAAAAUGCAAAAAUCUUGAUUUUCGUAAUAGAAUCUAUAGUCUUUUUGCCCUCUUGUACCGCCAUCUUGGAUUUAUCAUGUAGGCCCCGCCUGCGCUAGGUAUGCGUUAGCAAUCUAGUCUCCUAUAUCUAUGGUCGGCCUUAUGGGCCUGAUGAGCAGGAUGAAAGUAACUGCUAUUUACAGUUACCUUUGAUCAGUUUGAUGCCUCACGAUUGUGGGACAUCAAAACCAUGCCAGAGCGCUCAAACUGCAAGCAGUGAGCGUGCGCAAUGCGUAAGCGGCAUGGCUCAUCCUGUAGAGCGCUCAAUAUGACCUAAAGGGAUAUAUAUAUAUAUAUAUAUAUAUAUAUAUAUAUAUAUAUAUAUAUAUAUAUAUAUAUAUAUAUAUAUAUAUAUAUAUAUAUAUAUAUAUAUUAUAUAUAUAUAUAUAUAUUAUAUAUAUAUAUAUAUAUAUAUAUAUAUAUACCGGGUGUCCCAAAAAAAAGUACUCCGGUUUGAUUCGUAAUAACUUCUAAACAAGUAAAGCUUUUAAAGAGAAAUAACUUGCAUCAAAUAGAGGAAGGACUAACUUAGAUUUUGAUAUAUUACAGUUGUAUUUUACUUAAAAAUUCACGGAGAUAUUAAUCUUUAAAAUCGGGAGCAUAUUUCUGGAUGUGUCUGAAAUAUGCAAAAAACGGCGUAUCAAAUAUUAAUCAAGAUUUGCCCGACUGAAACAUGCACUAUUACCAGUAAAUAAAUGACACUUGACAAAUUGUUUAUUAUGAAACAAAGUAUUAUUAUAUCUACAAAAUACAAGCAAGAUUUAUUCGUCCGAAAUUCGCGUGUGUUCCUAGCACGAAUACGUUUCCUUAUUUCAUGAGACCACUGCAUCACGAAGGAUCGUCAUGGAUCGUUCGUAGUUCUGAAUUAGGGCAUGCUGUCACAAUGGAAUUGUGAAGCUCUUCUAACUUCUGCAACGUUCUGAAAUCUUGUUAAGAACACCCAAACUCUUUUGCCUUUUCUUAAUCUUGGCAAGCUCAGAGUAAACUGAGAAUUAUAUGAAACACAAUCAAACCAUAUAACUCAAUAAGACAUAACAAUUAAGCAACUCCCCAGAGACAUGCAACAUUUUUGGAACAAAACGUAACAAAAUAGUAGCGUUGAUACGGUGAUGUGUAUUUGCAAAAAGCAAUAUUAUUUCCUUCAAUAAAGAAUAAUAUCCAUCCUGCUCUAACCGAGAAAUAAUCAACUCAGUCUGUUUGAACCCAUUAAAAACAUAAAAAAUUAGGCUAUUUAAGAAUAAGAAAAAUUUAAGCGCCUGCCUUCCAUGGUCAGUCUUUCAUGUACAUUUAAGUUUGUAAAGAUCUGUUAUUAAAUACUUGCAUAAUUUCCAACGUUCAUAUUUCAGGAAACAAUGAGCUAAGACUUACAUGUAAACUGUCUAAAUCUACGCCAUAUCCCUUACAAACCCUAACGAUAAUUCGCCGAAAUACAAGUUAGCCUGAUAUGUCAUUAAGCAAACAUACGCUGGAGUUAAUAUUUGAUAUGCCGAUUUUCGCUAAUUUUAGACACAUCCCAAAAUAUGCUCCCGAUUUUGUACAUUAAUAUCUCCGUGAAUUUUUAAGUAAAAUACAACUGUAAUAUAUCAAAAUCUAAGUUAGUCCUUCCUCUAUUUAAUGGAAGUUAUUUCUCUUUAAAAGCUUUACUUCUUUAGAAGUUAUUACGAAUCAAACAGGAGUACUUUUUUUUGGGACACCCGGUAUAUAUAUAUAUAUAUAUAGUUUAUUAUUGAAUACUACCAAGACCUCGACCAAGACUGCACGAAACACUACGUUGGAGAUAUUAUAACGAGACUCUAUUUCGUUAGUUCAAACAAGUCCAAUAGGCAAUAAUCUGCGACAUUCUUGGAUCAGUUUGAACAUUAUCUCUAGUAAUGGAGGCCGAUUUUAUUUAACAGAUUUAAUUUGGCACAUAGAGAAAUUGACAAUACUGUAACCAAGAACUAGCCAAACACGAACGAGACUAGGUCCCAUGCAUGAUGGAAGAUAAGGUUUAACUUUAUUAAAAUUUUUCAUGCAAUGUGGUUGGAUCAACAAUGGCCAAUAUUGGGCGGUGUUGGGCGGGCUUUUAGUAUACGUUAUUAGGUUCGCAUCAUAGCCACAUACGAGAUACGAAUACGUUAGGCGAUGUGCUUUUCUGCCUCAUGCCCAUGUUUCCAGGAUAGACGGUCAGUGGCAAGGUUGUUUAAGGUCAAGAUCAAAGUGUGCGAAGAAUGAGGAUAUUGCGCGGUGCUCGUGUCGAGUUGUUUGAGCAGCGUCUUUGAGAUCAGCGACUAACGUGCUUUAGUGCGCAUGCGUAAAGCUGCAAGCAAUGACGCGACAAGGUAGGUUGGGACUUGAGACACUCGUUUAAGUGGCCCGCAUUGGCCAACGUUCUUUAUGCGAAAGCACGAAGCAGCAGACUGUACACAAUCUGCUAGCAGAUGCUGUCUGUGGGGAAACUUUUGCGAAACUGGCUCUAGAAACACGAAUUGCACUUCAUCAAGCAUAAAAUUUUGUGUUCCAUAUGAGAAUGUUACCAAAAUAGUUUCUUCAUUUCAUAAUAGUUUCUCAAUUUCGAGCUUUUCUCUAUUACAGAAAGUUUCCAAUGAUCGUAUACAUAUACAUAAUCCUCAUCAUUUGGUUCAAGAGAUCUCAGUCAACAACGGCACGUCAGCAGGCCUUAAAAUACCAGAACCGUCUGACAAAAUGUUCGAUGACGUUUGAGUGUGGGUCGGAUAUAUACAUAUAUUGUGAUGUCCUAUGACUUUGAGUUCAGUUUGGCUAUAAAAAGAAGUAUAUGAAUGCAGACACAAAUUUAUUAUCAACACAAUUUGGAAAAGUCAUAUGAAUCUUGGCAAUGAAUUUCCAAACCCCACUGUGAAAAUCCCGCACUUGAAUACACAUUUCCACUUUUUAUACAUUACUCUGAUUCUCCAUUUAACACUCUACGAGCCUCUAGGCCUGAACUAGGGUACAUUUUGAUUUAAGUUGGACAAAGUUACUGAAUUCGGCGGACACCAAUACACUCGGGUCGGACAAAUAAUAAACCUCAGUCUCAGAUCCACUUAGGUCAGACAGAAUGUCCAGUGGCACUGCCAGUGCUCCCCUCUCUACGUCGGACAAUGUCGGUGACCGACCGAUAUUUUAAGAUCUGCACGUCACUCGUCAGUGCUCUACAUGGCCACUUGGCACUUCAUUUUAUAGGUUAUGCCGCCACGAUGUCAGUCAGCUCAAUUAUGGAGCGACUAAAAAUUAAUGUCACUUUCUUUCUUCGUCCUACGCUAAUAGUAAAUGUGUUCAGUUUGUGUCCAGAUAAACAUCAGAAGACAUGCUAAUUUUCUUCAAGAAGCUUUUAUUUCUCCAUGGCCAGAUAAAGCCGCCUCGUUGAGGAGUGUCAUAAAAAUCAUUGCCGGUUAAACAAGUUUGACAUGGAAAUUAGGAAAUACCUUACCGCUCACUUAAUUAAUAAAAAGAGAGAAUUACUUUGAUAUUUUAAUUUGGAUAGCAAAGGGUAAUUAUAUGCAGCUAGGAGAAUACUCCCAUGCCAAUAAACGGGGGAGGGGGCGUCUCCCCCCCCCUUCCUAGAAUUGGCGUUCCCGAUCUUAGGCUCAAGUAGGACUAUUCUACACAGUCUGACACAGUCAUAUUAUGGACAAUUGAUGAUUUUGAAUUGAGUAAGUAAGAUGUCAAUAUCAACUCAUUCUAGAUUCUCCCAUGACUACAAGCCCUACAGCAAUACCCCGGAGUUCAAAUAAACAACGUGAAACGUUGUUUCUUUCAUUCGACAACAAAUGUUCACGUGCUUGCCUAACUAUAUUCGGAAUAGCUUUCACUGUUAAAAAUAUUGGCACCAAUCAAUGCUAUUAUUUAUGUUAUAUACGAGAAAGCGUAUAUAGCGUGCAUUAGAGUACAAAAUAGCAUGUACCUAGUGCAAUAUAUGUAAAUGUGUUUUAAAUUAAGUUUUUAAAGCUAGCCGUUUCUUAGAUAAGAAAAGGCACAAUUUUUCCAUUUAAAUGGUAUUUGCUGCUGAUUUGAAUGAAUGGCACUGUCUUUCAUUUUGUAAUGUAGAUAUUCCCGCUUAAUUAAUAUUUUAUGUCUAAUUAUACCAAGCAACCAACCAGAAUACAGUUGUUUAAAUGCCAGAAAUAAUUGUGAAUUAAAAAAAGUUGAAAUAAUUUAGUUGAUUAUGGAACAAGUUUCCCCCCACUUCGGUUGACAGAGAAAUUGGAUGUUAUAUUGUAUAUGACAUGUGCAUGUAUAGUUUAUUCAUGCAAGAGCGUGGCUCAUACGAAAACAAGAGACAUUCAAGUCAUAUUUGCAUAAACAAUGUUAUUCCUCGUGCUAUAAAAGACAUUUAAUUAUAAACGAGCUUUUCUUUGCGGGCGGUACACGUUGCACAAGGCUUCAAUUUUCAUUUGAAUCACAUUUGAAUCAAAACGCCACUAAAACACAGACGCUAAUUCCCAACAUGUCGUCUGCUGUUUGUAGCAACAUUCGGUUUAGUACGGAAUGUGUUUUUUUUCUGCGUACAAGGCGAAGGGAGCAUUUUAUUUAAUAUGCUACAAAAGGCCAUAUUUACACAAAAUAUUUUAAUGAGUGGAUUAUGAGCGAUUUAGUAAGCGAUUGUUUUAAAUGAAAAAAUGGUCAAGAAAUUUCUCAAAGCCCAGCUUGUUUUAAAUAUCAUAAAAUGAAUAUUCCACAGUAGUCUUAAGUAUUUUUUAAAAAAAAGAGAACCAACCGAUCUAUUUAUUCAUUUUUGGCACACAUAUUUUAAUUUUUCUUGACUCCAUAUAAUGAAUAAUGACCUGUCAAUCUCUCAAGCCAAACAAUCUUUCAGAUAAUAAAUUUAGCUUCUUCCGCCUUGGACUAUCUUUUAUCAACCUUUCUAAUGGGCGAAUAUUUAUAUAGCACACGAAACUUCUAAACACUUAUGAAAUUAAUACUUGCACUGGUUUAAAAAAGGCUCUUUUACCAUUACUUCCUCUUGUAAGAAAAUAAUUUAUUCUGGCGUUCGUUUUCAACGUGCUUUCAUCCAAUGACUUCUUAUAAACCCAAUAUUUCUUUUACAUAAACAACAGGUUACAUGCAUAUGGAACCGCCAAGAAAAAAUAUAAAUAUUUUUUCAUCUCUAGUUAUUUUUUACUUUACCUUAAGUGACUUACUAGAUAGAAUCGAAGGAAAUCUAUCUUAUUUAUCCGGUAUAUAAACACACAAAAAAUUCACGCAGAUUAUGUACAAAGUUUGUAUUUUUCAAUGAAUUGAAAAUUCCAUUGAUAAAACUCGGCGGACGUCAUGAAGCGCACAUGACAGCCAAUCAGCUUCGAGUAUCCGUUGGAUACUGUAACGUGAUUGGCUAGCUUCGUUGGUGUACGAUUGUUAUUGUGAUUAUGGCUAAAUUCACGGGUGCAUAUGGAAGUGCAGUAUUUCUAGCAACGUAUACAAUCGUAGUUUGUAAAUAAAUCGCUUCAUUUCUCGUUUCUGCUUCGAGCACAUGAAUUUCAACGCAUUGGCGGUGGUAUUCUGUUAAAUCGGAGGUAAACGAGCUUAAAUUAUCCGUAUUAUAUUUCGGGUUUGUCGUGACCUCGGUCAUAAUAGUUUCGAGCUUGCUGUGCCCGUCGAUACAAAACAUUCAACCUUAUAUUCCCAGUGCUGCCAACUAACGGAUACUGUCACCGUAUUUUUAUUAACGUAUCCUUCCUUUUGUUCGCACAGGCAAACGUUAAAAGUCCAAGUGAUUUACGCCAUUUUGAAGUCAUCAUGGAUCUCUUCACAGGUUGGUUUGAUGUGAAUUUGUAUUUUUAAUUUUAAAACGUGUUGCAUACACCAUUUUAUUGUACGGCUUGUACCUACUAUAUACCUACUGAAAUUUUCGUGUUUUCUUUCACUUUAGCUGAAGAAAAGCGUGUGUAGUUCGUGGCAGUGGCAACCAAUUCACUUACGCUAAAGUCAGGCCUGAUUUUGUUGUCGUUUCGUCGAAGCUGCCAACGGGUGAAAGCGAUACGUGAGAGUUGUGCUAAUCGCCAAUUCUAUGGAGCUUUAUACUCGAAAUGGUAACCCUAAUUACAGAAAAACUUCAAGACCAAACAUUGGAAGAGAUCUUGACAACUGAGACGGUACGAUUUUUUUCGACUAAGUCCCUUUUAGUGUAUUUAUGUCAUCAUAUUUUGUCGACCGCAUCGACGCGAUGAAAUUGUAAAGAGAUAUUUAUGUUCCACAGGAGUUUUUUAAUUAUUCUUAUUUAAAUUUCUUUUACAGAUUCUGGGAGAACAACCGAGAAAAAACUCAAAAGACAGAUCAAAUAGUGGUAAGAGUAUUUCUUUUUUUUUUAUUCAAUAGAUUAUUUUAAAACCGACUGCUGUGUUUUAAGAUGCAAAACACCGCGUGAUAGGAAACAUUGCAUACUUGUAAUUAUCCUAACGUUUCAGAUUCUGUUGUCAUCUCUCUGUUUACUAAAGAGUAAGCUAACGCCAGAAAGCAAUUUUACUUAAUUUAAAUGUGUUUCUGUUUAGACGCCGUGCGAAGGACUUCGAGACUACAGCAGAGGAGGACAUUGACAAAUCGUACUACGACAAACGACGUAUGCAAGCCUUGCAUGCAAGAUGGCAGCAAACUGGGAGAGCUUACUUCAUCGUUUGUGACUACAAGAUGUCACAGCUACCCACCCGCGAAAAAACGAUUAUGCCGUUCGCUUUCUGACCCGUAUAAAGACUACGAAGGCAAAGAAAGUUGGAAUCCAGAGCCUUCGUCUAUAUGGACACCGGUCAAACCUAAGAGAAGUGACCGUACGAAGGUCUCAGGUGCUAGAUCGUUAGAAUUUGGCAGCAGGGAGACAUUCAGCUGGUCUACACCCCCAGAAUCGCCUAUACCCCGACCUGUAUCAGCUAAUUCUACUCUGGAAGACUCAAAGUUCUUUCCAUUACGACUUAUAAGCGAGGAAAGGGAUAUCAACCAAUUGGAAACGGUUGUAAGUUUCGGGCAAAGCGGCGAGUGUGGUAACCUGUCUUCCACGAUGCCUAGACGAAGUCACUCGCAUCCGUCGUUUUCACAUAUCUCAAAUUCGGGUUUAAAAAGAAGGCUAUCCGAAAUAGAUAUUCCAAGACCAGCAUUGGAUUUCGAUAAGAUGAAAGCGGUAAAUGGCUUUAAAAGGUUUUGAAAUUCAAGCAUUGAUUAAGCAAAUAUUUGGGUGUCAAGCACGUUGUUGUUAUUGUGUGUUUACCUGAAUUAUUUAUAGUAUUUAGAUGGUCACUUUGCUUGCAUUUAAUUUCGCUUUUUAUUUAUUUAGAGGUCUUUUUCCAAUAAAUGUGUGGACAAAAGGAGUUUGAAGUCCCCAAAAUAUACUGUAAGUUGCCUUUAUUUUAUGUGCAAAGGUAAAUUAGGGAAAGUAGAAUAAAUGCAUAUGUAUUUUUUUACACUAAAUCAAACCUUCAUUUUUAGAGCAAAAGACAUCCUUCUGUUAGUCCGAAGAACACCAGUACAUCAAAGCAAGAAAAAAACAUGCUGACGCCAACAGUGCCCGAAGAUUUAGGUUUAAGUUUACUGAUAACACCCACUGCUUCUCCAACUGCAGAUGUAAAGACCUUUGAAGAUUUUAAAGGUAGUCGUCGCAAGACUCAAAAUAAGGAUGAAAAUGCAAACAGGAAGUCUACAUCACUUACAGAUUGCAACUACAUUACAACAGAUUGUAUUAUGGUCGAUACAGAACUUGAUAUAAAACUCAUCGAGGAAGAUGGAACUCUAAAUAACCCAACACAUAACACUAUGUACUUUACUUAGAAACAUACAAAAUAUUUAUCUAUAUAUUAACUGUUUGUAACGGCAUAAAGGAUUUUUGCGAUGCAAACAUACACAUAACAGUGUUUAAGCUAUUUGAACACACAUGUACAUACUCAAGGUAAUUUAUUCAAUAUAUAUUCUCAGUAGAUUUUUUCUACUGACCAGUUACAACAAAUAAAAACCUCAUAUUAUACAGGUUUUAUUAAAAAGUAUAAAAAUACAAAACAACGUGUGCCAUUUACCUUUAAAGUAAGAAGUUAAACAACAUUUUCCAAGCAUAUGGCUUUCAUUUGAUUUCCACGUGUUUAUUCAAUGUAAACAAACACGAUUUUGCCGGGAAAAUUUUUCGGAUUUCGCGCAAAAUUUUGCAAGGAGCCAAUCAGCGUUGAGGCUUGCCAGCUUCCGGUCUGGGCCUGCAGAAGUACAUUCAAGAUGGCGGCUUCAAGUCAGUAUCGGAUUAAAUCGACACAUCUUUUGACAAUUCGUGCCGUUAAUUUUCAGAAAUACAGUUCGUAAAAGUAUAAGAUUAAAUUUAACAGUCUGAAAAGGCUGUAGACACGAAAAUGGUUACCUCAUUAAAAUAAAUUUCCUAUUUACGGGCGAUUUAAUGCAGUCAAAAUACAAGAACCUUUCCACUUUCGCUUCUGUGGUCUGUUGUAGUUUUCUGUAAAUUGUUCUGUUUUUCUGUAGCGGUUACCAAAUUAUCAGCAAAUAUCAAAAUAUGGCAAC